AUGUCCCUACUCAACAUCUUUGGCCGCCGCAAUGAGGCCUCGCCAACAUACAACCCUGUAUCGGAUGACGAGGACAAAUCUCUAUAUGAGCCAACACAAGCUACUAAAGCCGAGCUGGAAAGCCUCAAGCAAGCGAAUACGAAUCUGAAGCGUGUACUGGCCGUCGUUGCCGCCUUUUUCCUGGCCUUCCUCGCCAUCAUAGCGGUCAAAAGUUGGGAGUCGCACAAGGACAGCCUUCUGUUCCCACGCAUUCUCGGUUCGCCUGUACCGCCCAUGCCCAUGAAUGUCCAAACCUUCGAGCGCAAUCCUCUGUACGCCAACCGUCCAAGCUCUGAAACCGACGCAGCGUGGAACGCUCUCCUCCCCGAAGGACGCGGUUUUGUCUACGUGUCCGACUCACAAAGAUACUCCCUACCACCCGGCGAGCAGACCUUCUACGGCGAGAUAUACUCUGUAUCUUUGUUCCAUCAAUUGCACUGUCUGGGCCAGCUGCGAAAAUACUACUGGUUGUUGGUCGAUGGAGUAAUGAGCAACAGCACAAGUCUAAGACCUGUUGUGGAAGGUUUACUCGGACCUUCUGGCGAACACGUAUCGCAUUGUUUCGAUUACCUGCGGCAGACGCUGCAAUGUGCGGGCGACAUGGCUUUGGAAUGGCCGAGGAAAGAGGAAGAUGGGAGUAGGUUUGCUGUGGAUGGUUGGGGUAUUCCUCACGAGUGCAGGAGUUGGGACCACAUUGUCGAUUACAUGAAGGGAUCGUAUUUCAACCUUUCGAGCAACAACGAUAUCGCGCCUGACCACCCCAUGCAUAAAGAUGGCAUGGCGAGGGUAUAA